GUUUGGGUGACGUCCAGCUCAAUCGAAAAUUUCGGCUGUCUGCGACCAGAGUUCCUGUGUGCAGCUGGCCCGUUUCCAACCUCACAUCGUGACGAAGUCAAGAUCCGACAGUUUUCCUCCACGACGCCAACACUCCCCACUAUAAUAAGCUCGUCCCUCGAUCUCUUUUCCUCUAUACAUCACAUUCUACCGUCAACAUGCCUCCCAAAAGAAUUGUUGUCGAGCGAGGCAGCCCUCGCUCCCGCCAGCCCAAGGGCUACUUCAGAUCCACCUACGAUGCCCUGACCUCCUCCGAGAAUGCGCCCGUCGUCCGCAGCAUCGUCGUCUUCGGUGCUGCCGUGACCUUCCUCUCGAGCUCCUGGGGCGAAUUCCUUCUUCCUCCUCAAUAAACGAUUCUUCCAUUACCGAAUAACGGUCCAUGUAUAAUCACGUUCUUGUUGCCGCGAAAGAGAAGCUGGCUGUACAAUAGUUCAAUGACGAUGAGCCUCGAGGCUACAGGGAAUGGCAUCCGAGGUCUGGCGUUUCUCGAGUUUGUGGCCUACACCAGUUGGGGGUUAACGAAUUUCACACUCAUGCACCUUGUACUUCGGUCACGUUGAAUGCUACUUUUGCCGUGAUUCAUGGGAUCGACGGACGCACACCGUUCGAGGCAGCCUAACAAGCACCAAUACCCGCCAAAGGCCGGUGGGGGUUCUAUCUUCCCUUCCAGUGGAUAAUGUGGUAGACUGCGUAUACAAGGCGACGAAGGCGGUCAAACUGAGUCGUAACAAAAGCGGUUACGCUCUAGAGUUCCUGCUGACUGACGCAAGUAGACUAAAUGCUUGAUUAAGAG